AUGUCUGGCGUCACUUGCGACGACGAGUGCCUGAAGAAGUACGAGCAGAUCAAGAUGAAGAAGGAUUUGCGCUACAUCAUCUACACGAUGAGCGAAGAUCAGAAAACAAUCGUAGUCGACUCGGAAGGGGACAAGGAGAAGACAUUCGCGGAUUUCAAAGAUGCGUUGCCAAAGGAAGAACCGAGGUACGCCGUUGUGGAUUUCCCCUAUAAGUCCGAGGACGGCAGGGAUCAGUCGAAGCUGACCUUCGUGUUCUGGUCACCCGACACCUGCGGUGUGAAGAAAAAGAUGUUGUACGCGAGUUCCAAGGACGCCAUCAAGAAGAAGCUCACGGGCAUCAUGAAGGAGAUGCAGUGCAACGACGAGGGGGACCUUGAUGAAGACAAUUUCACAAAGAAGAUGCUCGAGAAGUAA